GCUGCCACCACUGCAGCAGCAGCAGCGGACGCCGGAGAUUCAGAGCUGCGUGUGGGGGCAGGGAUGGACGACGGCGAAAGCGUCGGCCGGAGCGAGGACAAGGCCGACGCUCCCCCGGGCGACGACGGGACCUCCGCGCCGCUCCCCGAGACGAUCCAGAUUGGCAAUUCACCUACCUACAAACUCGACAGAAAGCUUGGAAAAGGAGGAUUUGGGCAAGUAUAUGUUGGUCGCCGUAUUUCGACUCCUAGUCUUAGUGAGAGGACACCUGGUGCAAAUGCUUUUGAGGUUGCAAUAAAAUUUGAACACCGAACAAGCAAAGGCUGCAAUUAUGGAGCUCCUUAUGAGUGGCAAGUUUACAACACUCUUAGCGGGAUUCAUGGUGUGCCAAGAGUACACUACAAAGGGAAGCAAGCAGAGUAUUAUAUCAUGAUUAUGGACAUGUUGGGACCAAGUCUGUGGGAUGUAUGGAAUAAUAAUUCCCACUCAAUGUCUGUUGAAAUGGUUGCUUGUAUUGCUAUAGAAGCCAUUUCCAUACUGGAGAAGAUGCACUCAAAAGGGUAUGUCCAUGGUGAUGUAAAACCUGAGAACUUUCUGCUUGGACCCCCAGGCACACGGCAAGAGAAGAAGCUUUUUCUUGUUGACCUUGGGUUAGCCACUAAAUGGAAAGAUACUGGUACAGGAGAGCUAGUUGAGUAUGAUCAGCGGCCUGAUAUCUUCAGAGGAACCGUCCGGUAUGCUAGUGUGCAUGCUCACUUGGGAAGAACUGGAAGCAGGAGAGAUGACCUUGAGUCCCUUGCCUACACACUUGUUUUUCUUCUGCGUGGCCGUCUUCCUUGGCAAGGAUACCAGGGAGAAAAUAAAGGUUUCCUUGUCUGCAAGAAAAAGAUGGCUACCUCUCCAGAAUCUUUGUGUGGCUUUUGUCCGCAACCUUUCCGACAGUUUCUUGAGUAUGUUGUGAACUUAAAGUUUGAUGAAGAACCAAAUUAUGCAAAGUGCAUCUCUCUUUUUGAUGGCAUUGUUGGCCCAAAUCCAGACAUCAGACCAAUCAACACUGAUGGUGCUCAGAAGCUUAUACACCAAGUUGGUCAGAAAAGAGGUCGCCUCAUGAUGGAGGAAGAGGAUGAUGACCAACCCAAGAAGAAGAUCAGGAUGGGAAUGCCUGCAACACAAUGGGUUAGUGUAUAUAAUGCACGGCGGCCUAUGAAGCAGAGGUACCACUAUAAUGUUGCAGAUGGUAGGUUAGCACAACACAUUUCAAAAGGAAAUGAAGAUGGCUUGUUUAUAAGCUCAGUUGCCUCGUGUUCAAAUCUGUGGGCUCUAAUAAUGGAUGCUGGCACUGGCUUUAAUUGCCAAGUAUAUGAACUUUCUCCAUAUUUUCUUCACAAGGAAUGGAUAAUGGAGCAGUGGGAGAAAAACUUCUAUAUCACUGCGUUAGCAGGUGCAACCAACGGCAGUUCUCUUGUGGUCAUGUCUAGAGGAACACAAUACGCUCAGCAAUCCUACAAAGUAAGCGACUCGUUUCCCUUCAAGUGGAUAAACAAGAAGUGGAAGGAGGGUUUUUACGUCACAGCUAUGGCCACUGCAGGAACCCGAUGGGCAGUAGUCAUGUCACGGAAUGCUGGCUUCAUAGAUCAGGUUGUGGAGCUUGACUUCUUGUAUCCAAGUGAGGGAGUCCAUCGGCGUUGGGAUAAUGGUUAUCGCAUCACUGCAACUGCUGCUACAUGGGACCAGACAGCGCUUAUCUUGAGCAUCCCUAGAAAAAAACCUGCUGAUGAAACACAGGAAACCCUAAGAACAUCCGCUUUCCCCAGCCAGCAUGUGAAGGAGAAAUGGGCAAAAAAUCUCUACUUAGCCUCCAUUUGCUAUGGAAGAACAGUAUCAUAAGGUUUAUGUGGCUUGUUUGUAGAGUUUAUUUAUCGACUGCUUGGUUUAUGAUUAGAUAGUGGAGUUCUGAAGGGCAAUGAUAUUUCCAAUCCUUAAUUUACUUAUAGUUAACAGAGUUCAUAGAUCAUAGAUGGCAAAGCCUGCUGUUUUUUAUAGGUUAAGAGUGUAUGUUGUGGAUCUAUGUUGUUGUAUUCCUAUUCUCUUUGUGCAUAGAAUGCCAAGUUGCGUGUGCUCUAAGUUGUAACAAUGCUUACCAAUCAUGCAUAUAGUUUAGAUUAGAUAUUUAACCCUUGGGGUAGGCUGCAAAAUUGUACAAACUUCCAGUUGUGCCUGCGUGUUGCUCUGGCCUUUUUGGUGCCUGGGCACUACCGCAUCGCACUACUGCGUUACAGUUUCUGUAAUCUCAUGUGAUGUCUUAGUCCUUAGGGUGUGUUUGACUGCAA